GUUAAAACUCAAGUCGUGAUUGACCUUGUGGUCGGCGAAUUAUUGGACGUUCCAAACAGAAUAUACACGUCAGCAGAAACAGAAUGGCAGAAGGCAUCGCGAAGCGAUAUACUUUAUAAGCCUCGGUUGGCAAUCCAAAACUCGCUUCCUCCAAUCCUUAUCGAAAAUCAACUCACUGUCAAUGAACCUUUUAUGCAACGCCUUGUCAGCUAUUCACAAAGCGCUUUGAGCAUCUACAAAACAUAUCCUAUCGUUUUAAUUGUUUGCACCGAUCGCGUCUCUCCUAUCCAACUUAUGGCAAAGUUCAAACUUAUUUCUGGAAAACCUUGGAUGUCUUCACUCCUGGCCACUGAUUAUGGGGGUUAA